AUGUCAAGUGGGAGACCAUCAUCAUCAACACUGGUAGGAAAGAAGAGCAAGAAGAUGGCAUCAAGUUCAAAGCCAAAUGCAGUGUCAUUGCAAGACAAGUUACAAAUGGUAGAAAAUGAAGAGCAGGUUGUGCUUAAACACAUACAUGAUCUUAACAAAUGGACAGAUGCAAUAGAUGGAAUGAACGAAGAGCAGUUAAAGGAAUACCUUGAAAACAGACCUCAAGAACUCAAAAGUGUGAAGAUCCACAACAGCAACAACAAGCCUAAACAAAAGCAAAAAUCCAAGCUCCAAAAGUCUAAGCCUUCAACUUGCAGUGGAAUAAUGGCCUCUGUAUGGAAGUUCCACAAGGAAGAUAAUGAUGAAGAUGAUGUUAACAAAGGCAUACAACACACUUCCAAGUAGCCAAGUAAAGUGAGCCUCAAUAAAUCAAGCUGGUGAUUAACUUUUUUCAUUUAUAGCCAAAUGGCCUAUAGUCUGUUUGUAUAAUGCUGGGUAAUUUAAUAACUAUAGUUCAAUCAUUAAUUUCAUUUACAGAACAAGGUGUAUCUUUCUCUUUAUUGCAAUCAAAGAGAAAUAAUUUCAGUAAAGAGCAUGGAUCUAAAUUACCAUAUCUCCAUCUUGUAAAUAUGAAUGCAAAAGAGCCAAGUACAAACCUACAACAGAUCCCAUUGGUCAUUUUGCAUAAAAUUCAAUUAGAUCAAACAUAAAUUUGAUGAUUCACUAUAUAUGGUUUGCAAAAUACCAGGAGACCAACCUGAAGCAUAAAACAAUAAACAAUUCAUUCCGUUCUUGCAUUUCUCCCACCUUUCUUACUAACUGCCUCACACAAUCGGCAUGGUAAUGUGUCAAGGCUUGUUGCACGGGCCUUAGCAUAGUUACCUAAUACACCACAUCUUCUCCAGGCAUGGUAC